GCUAGGGCAACAUCAGAUGCAGCUAAGCUAGCUAGCUAGCCACCAACGGUUCCGUGAUUUGUCAGAUGAUUCCUCGUCUUAUGUCAUAAAAGGUACAUUUACUGGUUACAGGGCUCCGCUAGUAGACUAAAGACACACUCUGAGUCUGGUUGGAGUUUAGCUAGGAGGCUAUCUAACGUUAACAGUACGUCUAGCUACACAUUUUUGGGGAAGCUAGCAACUGUACUGUAGUGGCACUCUUGCAAACUUUAGCUAGUCCUAGAUAACGUGGUCAGUCUACGCGUAAUCAUUAACUGUAACGUCAAGAUUAGAAACAGGUUUGCAGUCAGCAUUGUUUUUGUUUUUGGUCUUUCCUACAGUAUACACAGACAGUUAGCUAGACUCAAUAACGUAAAUUAAUAAAGAAUGGCUAGCCAUCGACCACCGUCUGGCAGACCGAUGAGUCGUGGUUCUCUGAUGCCUGGGACUGGAAGACCUCCGACAGCCGUCAGACCUCCACAGACAGCCAUCAGAGUCGGAACCGGGAUGGUACCAGGGACUGGAGUCCGUCCUGGUACACGAGGAGGAGCCAUUGCCACCCCAGGUGUCCUCCAAUCUGCCCAGAUCAAAGUGACAGACCGGCCAGUCACUCAACAGGGUCUGAGUGGGAUGAAGACUGGGAUGAAGGGUCCUCAGAGGCAGAUUCUGGAUAAAUCCUAUUACCUUGGACUGCUCAGGAGCAAGAUCAAUGAACUCACAAGUGAGACCAGCAAAUUGAAAAAGGAUAUAGACACCUACGGUCAAGAGAACUCUGUUUACCUUUCAUAUGAGAAAAGAGCAGAGGGACUUGCUGGGGAAAUAAAAGAUUUUCAGGGACAAUUGGCCGAUUACAACAUGCUUGUCGACAAACUCAACACAAACACGGAGAUGGAGGAAGUGAUGAAUGACUUCAACAUGCUGAAAGCCCAGAAUGACAGAGAAGCCCAAAGUAUAGAUGUCAUAUUUACAGAGAGGAGAGAGAAGGAGGAGAUGAUCAGAGCUGUGGAGGAGGAGAUCGAUCGAGAGAAGCUGGCCGCCGAAGACAUCGUGAAGAAAAUGGCCCCCGAGAAGCAAGCCAAGUAUGCCGAGAUGAAGACCAACAACGAAGAGCUUCUGCAGGGACUAGUCGCCCAUCAGGCGGAGCAGGAUGCUUUGAUGCUGCGGAAGGAGACGUUCGAGGCUGAGCUGGCUCACUCCCAGGUGAAGCAGGAGGCGGUGCUGCUGCACGAGAAGCUGCAGGAGCUGGAGCUGCGGCGCGACGCCAUGGUGGCCGAGGACAAGCACGUGGGCUCCCCUCAGGAGGAGAGGGACCGGCUGCUCCGACAGGUCAAGGACGACAAUCAAGAAAUAGCGAGCAUGGAAAGGCAGCUGACAGAAAUCAGAGAAAAGGUCGGCCAGAUUAACGAGGAGAUGAGGCAGCUUGAUAACGACAUGGAGGAGAGCCACGACGGGGAACGCAGCCAGAAGUACAAGGAAUUGAAGAAAAAAGAUGAUCUCAUGGACGGCUUCCUGGACACAUUUGAGGAGACCAAAGCCCAGGAGGUGGAACGCAACCGGGAGACCCAGGCCAACAUCGUGGCCCUGCUGGAGCACUCCAGCAGGAACAUGAACCGUCUGAGGCAGAUCUCCUCGGUCACGGCCAGAGAGCUCCGGUCCAUCCAGGAGGACCUGACCCUGAAGGAGACGGAGAUGCACAGGUCGGAGAGCACGGCCAAAGGCCUCACCUCAGAGAGCGAUCGGCUGCAGCAGGACCUCCAGAAGGUGGAGCAGCUGGAGACCAAGAUCACGGGGGAGCUGAACACCCUGAAGGAGAAGAUCCUGCAGAUGAGGGAGGGCUUGGAGACCUACAGCAACCUGGACGCCCUGAAGAAGUCCGGGGAGGACAAAAAGAAGAGGCUGCAGGAGGACCAGGUGUCCCUGACGCAGAGGAAAGACACCUUCCGGAAGGUGAUGCAGAAGAUGAACGAGGAGUACGAGGCCAUGAAAACCCAGCUCCAGGAGAACGAAACCCACGCCCAGCUCACCAACCUGGAGAGGAAGUGGCAACAUCUUGAACAGAACAACUUUGUCAUGAAAGAAUUCAUCGCCUCCAAGGGGAUGGAAAGUGACUAUCGUCCGGUGGUGAAGAACGUGUCCAGGCAACUGGCCGAGUACAAUAAGAUCCUCAUCGAUGCCCUCCAGGGCACCAGGAACUGAGCCCCGCGGCUUCCUGCUUCUGGGGAAGGCCACUGUGGAGAGACUUCCCCCUGUCUCCGCUGUCGUUUCCUGCAUUCUCCAGCCCCCCCCCCCCCCCCCUCUCUCUGCUGCGCUCCCCUGCUCCAGUACCACAGAAGCUGUCGGCUAAGCGGGAUCGCCGUCGUGUUCUAUGGCGAUUCAUACGUUUAUCCCCCGCGUUAAAUCGUGCUGCAUUUAGCUACCGCGAUGAUAUCUGUAUUUGUAAGAAUGUGUUCCGUAGUUUUGUAUACUGCUGUUGUUGUACUGGAAAGGGUUCUAAUAAACGAUCUAUUUAUGAA